AGUUGAUGCUGUUUAGUAGGCUUUAGUAUAUAUUCCAGAGCUUUUACUCUUUCUUAAGUAGGUUUCUUAUGAUUUUACAGUGUGACAGGCGUUUUUUGCGGGACUGUGAAACUGAACGGAAGUGUAGUCUUUGUGAACUACAGACGCAAUGGCGGAGGCGCUGCUCACCGGAGCUGUGCAUCUGAACUCCGGUGCUGAUUCUGCGGCGUAUCUACAGGACGAGAAGUCUGACUCUGAUGUGGUUCCUGCUCUGAAUCUGGGGGACCUGGACAUCACCACAGAUGAGCUCAUCCUGGACGAGGUGGACAUUCACAUUCAAGCGAAUCUGGAGGAUGAUCUGGUGAAGGAGGCACUCAAGACGGGUGUGGAUCUGCGGCAGUACUCCAAACAGGUGGAGACGGAGCUGCAGCGCAUCGAACAAGCAUCAAUCAAGGACUAUAUCAAAGAGAGUCAGAAUAUUGCCUCUUUACACAACCAGAUCACAGCCUGUGACUCCAUACUGGAGCGUAUGGAGGGCAUGCUGAGCAGCUUCCAGAGCGACCUGUCCUCCAUCAGCAGCGAGAUCCAGACGCUGCAGCAGCAGUCGGUCAGCAUGAACCUGAGGCUGAAGAACCGGCAGGCCGUGCGUGGUCAGCUCAGCCAGCUGGUGGACGAGCUGGUCGUUCCCGGCACCAUGAUCUCUGUGAUUCUGGACAGUCCUGUGACGGAGCAGGAGUUUCUGGAGCAGCUUCACGCGCUCAACAGCAAGAUCAACUAUGCUAAAGAGCUCCGCUUCAGAGAAACCCUCGCCUGCUCCGACAUACAGGACAUCGUAGAUCGCCUCAAAAUUAAAGCCGUCUCAAAGAUCCGUGAGCAGCGUAGCAGAUCUGUUCCGCCAAGACCAAAUACAUUAACUUUCGCUAUACUGAUUGUGGAUGUGUUUCUGCUCAUCUGCAGGUUUUUCUAUCAGUUCCUGUUAGCCAAUGAGAGGACAGUAGCUAAAGAGAUCCGGGACGAGUACGUGGACACCAUGAGCAAGAUCUACUUCAGUUACUUCAAGUCCUACAGCGGCAGACUGCUGAAAGUCCAGUAUGAAGACGUUGCAGAUAAGGAUGAUCUGAUGGGAGUGGAGGACACAGCCAAAAAAGGUUUUUUCUCCAAACCUUCUCUCAAGAGUAGGAACACUAUUUUCACAGUUGGCCAGAGGGGGGCAGUGUUGAGUCCUGCGGAGCUGGAGGGGCCCAUACUGAUCCCACACGCCGCUCAGAGAGGAGACUCCAGAGUGAGACACUGAGCUUCUGCUUUACAA